AUGGCUUCAAAUGAUGAUCCUGCAGUGCCUCCUCUCUCUCGCGCUACAAGCGGACGGACUAGACGCUCUAGUCGUUCGGCCCCUGAAGGCUCUUCACGACGAUCAAGUUCCCAUCCUCCGCCAUACACGUCGGCUAGACCUGAUAUAGGAAGACCUUCAUCUCGCUCCUCUCGCCCCAAAGCCCAAACUAGUGGUGGAGAUGGCAUUGAAAUGCUCCCCGUACGGCCUCCGAGAGCACACCGAAGUUUUCACUCUCGCGCCACCCGGGGAGACGCUCCGGAAAUCACGGACCCGCAAGGGGGGGUUGGAGAUAGACAUUCCUCAUUCAGAUCUGGCCCUGGGAUGCUUCCCAGUCAGCUCACAUGGGGUGCAGCAACGACAUCGAAGUACUGGGGAGUCACCCAGGGCAAUCCCAAGUCAUGGGUUGGGGGAGGUUCGGAUAGCAACUGUCCGUCGCUCUGGUAUUGGCGGAACGUAUACGGCUUCGUUGCGGUUACCCUUCUUUACCAAUAA